GUCAAUCUUUAUUAUCCUCUCUAUACGGCGAAUAUCCUCUGUGGAUUAUUAUAAUCUGAUUGGCUUAAUUACUCUUCUAAUCCUAUGUAUAAAACCUUCGUGAUUGUAGCAUAGGUAAGAAAUGCUACCAAAAUUCAACCUCGAGACUCUUGGUGAAUUAAGCGGUUCGUGGAUUUGUUAGACUUUAUUGUUUAUUUUAAUUUGAUGCAUCUACCAUUUUAUGAAUAGAGCUCCAUAUAGUAUACGUUUUUUCAUUCUUUUUACUCUUCACUACCCAUCUAUCUAUUUUUAAUGGCUCUUCUAGUUAUGCAAUUUAUUGAUGUACCAGCUUAAUGGAAAUUAUCUUCAUAUAUCUAUCACGUCAUUUUCCUUUAUGAUGGGUAGAAAAUGGUGACGCAUCGAAGGAUUAUAGAACAAUUUUUAUUGGUACUCUUUCUGUGCUUGAGCUAUGACGGGGUUCGAGGAACAAAAUUAUCUGAACAAGAAGAUCUGAAGUUGUGGAAGAAAUUAAAACUCCUAGUUAAGCCACCAAGAAGAUCGAUAAAGAUUGAAUAUGGUGAUAUAUGCGAUUGUGUGGACUUUUACGAGCAACCUGCAUUUCACCAUCCUUUAUUGAAAAAUCACAAUUACCAUCCUCAGAUGAAACCCUCUUCGUUUAUGAAAGAGAGUGUUCCAACUACAUCGACUAGUGAUCUACGUUGCAACCAAUAGGAUUGCGUGAGGAAGGUUGUCCUGCUGGAACCGUUCCUAUCAGAAGAUACACAAAAGAGGAUCUUAUUAGACAUAAAGCUUUGCCGCUACCAGAAGAUAACACAGUCGACCCUCCAUUU